GCGCGGCCACGGCAGCAGCGGGACAGGUGCUGAGCUGCCCCUGCACAGCCCUCGCCUGCCCGCUGCGCUCUGCCCUGCGCUCAGCCAGCCCGGCUGCGCCUGCACCGCCUCACUGCGCCAGCCCGCCAUGGGACAGAAGAAUUGCAAACCCCAGCCCGGGGACCUGAUCGAGAUCGACCGGCCACGUCAUAAGCACUGGGCCCUGUACAUGGGGAAUGGAUAUGUCAUCAAUCUGACACCUUCCGGAAAACAACUCAUUAAUGUGGGAAUCCACACUGUGCCAGUAUUCAUCAGAAAGGUGAUAAAGCAGCGCCUGGAGGAGGUGGUGCAAAAGAAUACAUGGUGUGUCAAUAACGAGUCUGAUCAGUACCACCGUCCUCUACCAGAGGAGGAGAUCAUUUGUCGUGCUAAAGAUUAUAUUAACAAGGAUUUCACAUAUCGUGGGUUUGGUAGCAACUGUGAGCGCUUUGUGAAAAAACUCCGCUAUGGAGAAGGAGUCUCAGACCAGCUGAGGGCUUCUGUAGGUAGUGAAUUGCAAAUUCUUGACAUGACAGAAAAACAGGACUCCCCCAACCCUGGAGAUAUGAUCGAGAUCAAACAAGGAUCUUAUGAGCACUGGGCCCUCUACUUGGGGGAUGGAUAUGUCAUCAAUUUCACACCUGUAGAUAAAGAAGCCACAACCCUGUUAGCCAGCAGUGGGUCAACAGUCCACACAAAGGCCAGAGUUCAAAAGGAACUCCUGAAGGUGGCCAGAAAUGACUGGGCUGUCAACAACAAGUGUGAUGAUUUCUGCACGCCUCUGCCUGUGGAGGAGAUCAUCUGGCGUGCUGAGUGUUGCAUUGGCAAGGAUGUGACACAUGAUGUGCUUGGUAGAUGCUCUGAGGAGUUUGUGACAAAUCUCCGCUAUGGUGGCGAGCUGAGAGCUUUGUUAUGUGGAGAAAUGCACGUUCUUGAUAGGGCGGAAGACAAGGACGUCCCCAACCCUGGGGAUCUGAUCGAGAUCAAACGAGGAUCUUAUGAGCACUGGGCCCUCUACUUGGGGAAAGGACAUGUCAUCCAUGUGACAAAUGUUCAAGGAGACACAUCCACGUCAUCCAGCAGUGGAUCUGUAUUUCUCAGAAGAGCCGUAGUGAGUAAGGAGGAGCUGGACAUGGUGGCCGGAAAUGAUACAUGGUGUGUCAACAACAAGUAUGAUUGUUACCGCACUCCUUUCCCCAUGGAGGAGAUCAUCCGGCGUGCUGAGCCAUAUAUUGACAAGGAGCUGCCAUAUCGUUUGUUCCUCAAGAACUGUGAGCACUUUGUGACCAUGCUGCGCUAUGGAGAUGGGGUCUCUGAGCAGGCCAAGGCAGCACUUCAAAAUAUCAAUUCCAUUUCUUCUGUAUUGACAGCUGGGGUAGGAUUUGUCAGUCUUGCGGUUGCGGCUGGUAUUCCUGUGGUUGGUCUUCCUCUUUUGGCCUCUGCUGCUUUUGGGGCUGUUGGUGGUGGUAGUCUGAUUGCCAGUAUUGGUUUAACUUCCAGCAAUAUUGCUCGUUCUGUCUCUUUUGCCCAAUUUCAAAAGGCAGGGAGAUAUAUAUUAGAACGGAGUUGCUGUUAGGAAGAGCUCAAGCAAGGCAUGGAGUCCCUGGUCACUCUUCAGCUUUUGCCACAAGUGUAAUGAACGCUUACUAGCAACUGCUGUGAUAAUUAAUUCAAAGACUUAUUGAAAUGUAAAAAUCCAAACUCAUCUUGCCUAAAAUUGUCUUUUAUCUGUUUGAGGAUAGCUUGGUGUGCAAGCAAUUUCUCCUUAACUACCCUCUUCCACCUGCCUAAUACACUGACUUCUUUCUCAAGGGUUUCUUUUUCCAGGUCUCCCAAAGCCCCAUUUUACAGCAAACCCUCUUCCUGGGCCUCCACCAGCCAGCUAGGCAGCACUCAGACCCUUCUAGCUCCCUUUCUUCUUUUGGAAGAAGUGAAGUUGUAUCAUAGGGCUUUAUUCCAUCUCUCAGUGUCCCUACAGUCAAUCUCCACCCUGACUGUAAUUUUACAGUUUUUCAGAUCCUUUUCAACUUGAAGCCCUGUAUGGCCUUUCUCCCCUGCUGAGUGAUACCAAUAAAGAUAAAAACCUAUGGUGAGAACCAUGUACUGAUAAACAGUGGGGAUGCAACAAUGACCCAAAAUAGCAGAAUGGUACCAACAAACUGAAUCAGGCCUGAAAUAGUCAGGUGUUCACAGCAAAGGAAGGAUCUCAACCUUCCCUGCUCAAAACAGAACACAAAUCCUACUUACAGCUACAGUACUGUGGGUUUAGUGCUGCAGAUGGUUUCUGGGUUUAGGAUCUAUGUUUAGGUUCUCUCAGAAGAGUAGAAAGAAGUUCACGUUCCAUAGACAAAUAUUUUUGCCUUAAGGUAUUGCAGAGCUAGUUAACUACCCUUCAUCUACAGCAGUUUGUUUCUUUUGUUUGAUUCUGCAGCUACAAUUUUAACACCCACAUUAAACUGCUGUUGUUUUUACAUUACCGAUUUGCUCAACAGUUCCGGGAAUCAAGCACAUUUCUACACAAACAGGUAAUAAUCUUCACAUGCAUUUUGUUAAAAGGCAUUGUUACUGGCUGCUCCAUGACUGCAGCAUCUGGAUUGAAAGUUAAGGCAGGCAAAUCUGUUCUGUGGUGACCAUUAUGUUUUGCCCUUUCACAUGGUUCCACUUCUUCACCUGAUCGAGAAAUAGUAGCUACCAUGCACAAAGCUUUCCUAACAUCCUAGCACAGAAAUUUGAGGGCCAAACCCAAUUCAAACCCCCAGACUUCUAUAUUUUCUGCAGUUCCUGAGGAAUUAAGUUUAGUUUGUCAGCAUGUUUGAGAGCUGUGCACUCCCACUUGCAACUGCAUGCACCUCAGAGCUCAGAGCAGGCAGCAGGACCCCGUGAGCAAACUCACCUGAUCUGCUCCAGCAAACAGUGCAGGCUGAGGGCUUGGGAGGUGAAAGAUGAGGUCACAGACACCUCCUGUUCUAGCAGUGAUAUCACUGCAUGGAUCACUUUCACAGCCUGAAAUCCAUGGCAUUCACAAUGUGGACAAAUAUC